AUGGACUCAGUAAAUGUUUCUUUGGUGACUGAAUUCAUUCUGGUAGGAUUAACUGGCAAGCCUUAUCUACAAAUGCCCCUGUUCUUUGUGUUUCUAGCAAUGUAUCUUGUCACUGCAUUGGGAAAUUUGUUUUUGAUAAUUCUAACUGUGCUGAACUCUCACCUUCACACCCCUAUGUACUUUUUUCUCUUUAACUUGUCCUUUGUAGACCUCUGCUUCUCUUCUGUGUUUACUCCACAAAUGCUGAUGAAUCUUAUAACAAGGAAAAACAUAAUUUCUUACAUGGAAUGUAUGACCCAACUCUAUUUCUUUUUUUUUUUUUUUUUUUUUUUUGUUAUUUCUGAGUGUUAUGUGUUGACUUCAAUGGCCUAUGAUCGCUAUGUGGCCAUCUGUAAACCACUGUUGUAUAAUCUUGUCAUGUCUUCUAAACUAUGUUUGAAUCUAAUGCUUAGAUCCUACUUGAAUGCAUUUUCUGAGUCUGUAGCUCACACUGUUUGCAUAAUGAGACUGAACUUCUGUGAUGCCAACAAAAUCAACCACUACUUCUGUGAUAUUCCUCCUUUGCUCCAGCUCUCCUGUACAACCACAUAUAUCAAUAAGCUUGUAGUGUUUGUUGUUUCUAGUAUCAAUAUCAUUGUUCCCAUUUCAACAAUAUUUAUUUCCUAUGGUUUUAUUCUCUCCAGCAUCUUUCAAAUUCGUUCUUCUGAGGGCAAGUCCAAAGCUUUCAGCACCUGUAGCUCAUACAUCAUUGCUGCUUUUCUGUUCUUUGGUUCAGGGGCAUUUAUGUAUUUCCAACCCUCCUCAGAUGGGUCUAUGGAUGAAGGAAAAAUCUCUUCUGUCUUUUAUACUAAUGUGAUACCCAUGAUGAAUCCCUUACUGUAUAGCUUGAGAAACAAAGACAUUAAAGUUGCCCUAAGGAAAACCCUGAGGAAGAGGAACUUUUGA